AUGUGUGGUCGCAUUUUCUGCUACUACUGCUGCAACAACUACAUGGUGACAAAGCCUGGUGGAAAAAAGGAGCGUUGCUGCAGAGCUUGCUUUAAUAAGCCUAGAGUCAUUGUGGACAGUACAGAUGACUCGGGAUCCAGUGCCAACCAGGAAGGUUCACCAGCUUCAUUGGAAUCGCCUGUGUCACCAUCCGAGAGGGCUUUCGUUGCAAGUGAAGCCUCUAAACCACCAGAUGAUGCAGCAUUUGAUAUAAUCACUGAUGAGGAGCUGUGCCAAGUACAGGAAUCAGACUCUCUCCACAAUGAAAGUCAGAUGGAGGGAGGGUCUCUGGAUCGAAGCGUGACAGAUCUAAACAGCACGUGUAAUUCUUCAACCUUUGAUGAAUCAGAAGAAUGGCAAGUUGCUCAAGAUGCUGAAAUAUGCUUGUUGAAGUCAGGAGAAAUCAUGAUCAAAUUACCCCUUACAGUGGAAGAGAUCUUAAAUUUUGGGGAAAGCAACAGAGAGCUGUUCAUUAAAUCCAGCACCUACAGUAUCAUUCCCAUCACUGUUACAGAGAUAGGGCUAACAAUUAGCUGGAUCUUUUCAUCAGACCCUAAAAGCAUAUCGUUCAGCGUUGUCUACCAAGAAUCAGAAGACACACCACUGGAUCAGUGCAAAGUUCUUAUUCCUAUGACUCGCUGCAACUCUCAUAAGGAAACUAUCAGAGGACAGGUGAAAGUCAGAAACUCUGGAAUCUACACGCUGAUAUUUGACAACACAUUCUCUAGGUUUAUCUCAAAAAGAGUGUUUUAUCACUUGGCUGUCGAGCGACCUGUCAUCUACGAUGGAAGUGAUUUUCCAUAGCCUUGACUAUACUGUGUUAUUUUUAAUUAAAUUUUUAAGAAAUGCUACUAUUUAUGUACAUGUAAGCAUUAUGAUUACCACUGUGUUUGAAGACUUUGAAACUAUGCAAUAGUUAUAAUGCACUUAGAGAACAUAUAUACACUAAAAACCAGAAGCCUUUUUAGGAACACUAAUGGUUCUGUACUGUGUACAGAUUGCUGAAAAGCCAUGUUGUUUAACAGGUCAAUAAUAACCAAAAUUUUUUCAUUGGGGAGAAAAAUAAGUGUAGGGGUGUAUAAAUGCAAACUGAAAUUCUCUAUGGGAAAUUUAAUUACUUUUCUUCCAAAAAUAUUCUUCAAAAGGAAAUUUAAAUAAAAAGGCAUAUUUUUGUUGAC